AUGUUGCUGCCUGGCGCGCUGUUUGUUGCCGCGCUGCUCUCCGGCGCGACGGCCCUGGACAACACCACCAGCCACAUCGUCGCCAAACUCGCCUCGUACGGCGUCAACGCCUACGACUACUUCAACGGCAGCGUGCUGUCCGAGUCGUCGCUGCAGGUGCGAUCGCUGGGCCUCUGCUCGGUGCUGUGUUCCGCGCUGCCCCUGCUCUAUCCCGACCAGGUCCUGCUGCGCUCCGAGGCGGCUUACGCCACCUGGGACGCUAGUUUCUGGUCCCAGCAGCAGGAGGACGUCGACCCGGCUUGUGUUUUCCAGCCUGUCAGCACCGUCGAGGUCGCCAUUGGCCUGCUGCUGACCGAGCUGACCGAGUGUCCCUUUGCCGUCAAGAGCGGCGGCCAUGCGGCCUUUGCCGGCGCCUCCAACAUCCAGGAUGGACUCACCAUUGACCUGGUCUCGCUGAACACGACCACCCUGUCCGACAACUCCUCCAUUGCCUCGGUCGGCCCCGGCAACCGCUGGCUGAAUGUCUACGACUGGCUCGAGACGUACGGCCUGUCGGUCAUCGGUGGCCGCGUAUCGGACAUUGGCGUGGGAGGGCUGACUCUAGGAGGAGGAAUCUCCUUCUUCUCGGGAUUCCACGGUUGGGCGUGUGACAACGUCGCAAACUACGAGGUCGUCCUCGCCGACGGCAGCAUCGUCGAAGUCAACCUCGACACCUACCCAGACCUCUACUGGGCCCUCCGCGGUGGAGGCAACAACUUCGGCAUCGUCACACGCUUCGACCUGACGACGCAUGAGCAGGGACUGAUGUGGGGAGGCUCUCGCGUCUGGCUAGACGACUCCCAAGCCUCGAUCCUGGAAGCACUGAUCAACUUCGGAGAGAACUCUCCCUCCGACCCCAACGCCGCGCUAAUCGUCUCGAUCGCCUACGCAGAGGGCCUCUACCUCAUCGUCGCCGACCUCGAGUACGCCGAACCGGUCGUCAACCCGCCCAUCUUCGACGCCUUCAACGGCUCCACCGCCCUUGAAGACACUAUGGCCAUCCGCAGCCUAUCCAACAUCACCCUACUCUUCAAAGAAGACAACCCCAACGGCCUCCGCGAGAGCUACUGGACCGGCACCGUGCAGCUCGACCUCGAGCUGGCCACCAACAUCACCAACAUGUUCAAGACCGAGCUCGUCCCCAUCCAGAACGUCACCGGCCUCAUCCCCGCCCUGGUCUGGCAAGUCAUCAGCACCAACACCAUGGAGCACAUGACCAAGAACGGCGGCAACGCGCUCGGCCUCGACGCCGCCGACGGCCCUCUUCUCCUCAUCAACCUCGCGUUCAUGUGGGACGACGAGUCGGACGACGCCGCCGUCAUGGAGGUCCUGGGCCGGAUGACCCAGAAGGCGCUCUCCGCUGCCAAGGCCCGCGGUCUGGGCAAUGAGUACCUGUAUAUGAAUUACGCCAGCCAGUACCAGUCUGUCGCGCCUUCGUAUGGCACGGCAAACCACGCCCGGUUGCAGGCUGUCUCCCAGAAGUAUGAUCCCCUGCAGGUGUUCCAGAAUCUGCAGCCGGGGUAUUUCAAGUUGGAUGGGAAGGUGGCGUUGUAAUUUGUUUGUUUCUCUAUUCUCUUCUGUCUGGGACAUUCGGAAGAGUUAGCUGUUAUGGAUGGGAUGGGAUGAAAUGGUGGUAUUUGUAUUUUAGUUUGUGAAAUAAUAGAACCCGAG